AUGGGCGAGAAACAGCGGACGGGUUCUAUAUCUUCGGAGUCAGAUGAUCCGCCCCCCUACUACGAGGAGGUUGAGGGCGGCGGCGCCUCUAGCUCUGCUCCGCCGACCGCAUUCACUGGGACACAUCAGCUCCAGGUCCAAACAUUAGGAUACGACACAGACCAGGCGCUUAGUGGCUGGGUAUUUGAGAAUAUAUCCAUCUAUACCGUGGACCGUGGGGAAGUGGAGUACAUAUCUCUUCGGCUGCAGCAAACCUCAAACUCGUGUGCUCUCGUGCGCGGUUCAGACACAAAUCGGACCCCUCUGAUAUCAACCAUCUACCGCCGGGGGCCAGGCAGGAAUCCUAAAAUCAGAAUUCUUCCCCGUGGCACUUCCUUAUCCGUGGAGGAAGCUAUUAGUUCCGACAACGUCCAGUGCGAGGUGGUGGAUGUCGUUAGCCGCUCUAUUAUUUCGCGCACUCAGAAAUUCGACACGUCUUUCGGCAACUUCGAGUGGCGGUAUGGUAGCACCGCCGAGCUCAGGGCGGAGUAUGAUGCGAAUUCGCUCAUUCUGAUGGAAAGGGUCGAUUUUGUCCGAUCGAGAGACGGUAAGGCGGGGAAAAGGGGGGUUCGGAUCGCGCAGCUGGUGCGUAAUGAUGAGUUUCGGACGCAGGGCACAAGCAGACGAGCGGGCGGUAAUGGAGGACGACUGAUGAUGGAUCUGAGUAUGUGGGCAGACGAGAGAAGAACCAACGUCAAAGUGAAAGACGUGGAGGCAUUUGUGGUGGCAAGCUGUUUGUGUAUGCUUAAGAGAGAAGCAGAUCGGUUUCGAGACGCUCAAAAUGCAGCUGUCGUAUGA